AUGGGUUCCAGCUCCUCUUCCUAUGCCCCAAAAACCAUCUAUCUGGACGUAGAUGGUAAGGUUCAGAAGGUGGUUUUCAGUCGUCACUGCAGCCCAUGUGACAUCAAGGAGCUUCUUUGUUCCUCGUCCAACAUCCCCAGGAAUACUGCGAUCAUGAUGGUAGAUCCUGAAGGGGCCCUGGUGUCCAUAGACCCUACUAUGCCUACCAACUCUCCCAACUCCUUGUACAAAGUCAUUUCUUUAUCCACCGGUCAGCUAGGAGAUAAAGAGGACAUGUUUCAGAACGUGUUAUCUCAGGUGGCAGAGCAGUUCAGCAGGGCUUUCCGAAUCAACGAGCUGAAAACUGAGGUGACCAACAGACUGGCAAUGUUGGAGAAAAGAGUGGAGUUGGAGGGACUGAAGGUGGUGGAGAUUGAGAAGUGCAAAAAUGACCUAAAGAAACUACGAGAUGAGAUGACAUCCAGAGGAGGAGGGAGAGUUGGGAACUGUCCCUGCAAGUACAACUUCUCAGACGACGGGAAAAAGCUUAAUCCCCGACGUGACGUCCCAAGUUAUCCAAAGUACACCUUAUCCCAGGAGACUAUUGAAGCACUGAAGAAGCCAACAUUCGAUGUCUGGCAUUGGGAACACAAUGAGAUGCUGAGCUGCUUGGAGUACAUGUACCAUGACCUGGGACUGGUGAAGGAAUUCAACAUGAACCCCAUCACUCUCAAACGCUGGCUGCUGGGCAUUCAGGAGAACUAUCGCAGCAACCCAUUCCACAACUUCCGCCACUGCUUCUGUGUCAGUCAGAUGAUGUAUGGCAUGAUUAACCUGUGUAACCUACCGGAGAAGAUGACUCUGACGGACAUGGGCAUUCUCAUGACAGCUGCAGUGUGCCACGACCUGGACCACCCCGGCUACAACAACACGUACCAGAUCAACGCUCGCACAGAGCUGGCCGUGCGUUACAACGAUAUAUCUCCCCUGGAGAACCAUCACUGCGCCGUGGCCUUCCAGAUCCUCUCGCUGCCCGAGUGCAACAUAUUCGCCAACGUCGAAUUGGAGGCCUACAAGCAGAUCAGACAGGCCAUCAUUACCCUGAUCUUGGCCACAGACAUGGCCCGGCAUGGAGAAAUAUUAGACUCCUUCAAACAUAAAGUGGACAGCUUUGACUUCACCAACGAGGAGCAUGUCACAUGCCUGAAGAUGGUUCUGAUCAAAUGCUGUGACAUCUCCAACGAGGUCCGGCCUACCGAGGUGGCCGAACCCUGGGUGGACUGUCUGCUGGAGGAGUAUUUCAUGCAGAGUGACAGGGAGAAGACUGAAGGGCUGCCGGUGGCUCCGUUUAUGGACAGAGACAAAGUGACCAAGCCCACUGCCCAGAUCGGAUUCAUCAAGUUUGUCCUCAUCCCAAUGUUUGAGACAGUCAUGAAGCUCUUCCCCCAGAUUGAGGAGAUCAUGGUGCAGCCUCUGAGAGACUCCAGAGACCACUACGAGGAGCUGAAGCAGAUCGAUGACGCCAUGACAGAGGGCUCUGGCUCUCGUUUUAUGAUCCAAAAAUUCAAAAAGGUCAUGGGUCGUCCUGAUCUGCGUCUUUGAAGAUGGAGGGUGAAAAGACUUGUCUUCUACACACUGAACCAACCUCAGACUACAUGGAACCUCCUGGUUGAUCUCCACUGUUUUGUUAUGAACAUUACAGAAGGACAACCGCUCUGUUUCAAUGUCCACACUAGCAUACUACAUAGGAUGAAUUCAUGUAUCAAGCACAUUGGAAUAUAGCUCACCUGAACGCUAGUUGGUCAUUGUAGGUAUCCACGGCUGUGUAUACACAGACAGCCCAAUUCUGAUCUUUUUGCCCAAUUAUUGGCAAAAGAUCUGAUCUGAUUGGUCAAAAUACCAAUAAUUGGGCAAAAUAUCAUAAUUGGUCUAUGUAUACACAACCUAUACUAAUUUCUGAGUGACAAUUGGUCAAUGUAGGUAUAUGUUUUGCCAUAUUUUCUGCUCUCUGUUUUUAGUCACACUUGUUGAUGUUGCCUAUUACGGUAUAAUCAAUAACAACUAAGAUGUUUACUGGAACACUGUCUUCCCCUUGUUCAAUUCUCCUAUUCAAAUGCAAAACUGUUUCUAAAACAGUUUGAAUAAAUUGACUCUUAAUUUAACCAUGUCAAGUACACAGCAUAUUUUAACAUAAUAAUUAUUAUGAGGUUUAAACAUUAUUACAACAAAUUCAACUAAUUAUCUCCUAGUGUGUGCACUGAAUGAAUUUACAUAAAUUCAUAUUUUGAGGUUUGUGUAAUAGCACAUCCAUUGUUGUUCAAUAUAUUCCGUCUUUAAUUACAAUCUAAAAUGUUAUUCUUGUAUUUUAUUUAUUUUUGCAUAGUACAUCCUGUGCAAACUACAUUACAGUUGUAAAACAUGUAACAUCCUUUUAUACAAAAUGUGUCACCUAGUA